CAGGCUUCAGCCGGCUCUGCGCUGACGGAGGUCGGACGCGGCGGCGGCGGCGGUGCGGUGCGUGCGGCUCCCCGGCAGCCGGCUGUGCGGGACGCUGUGCGGGGAUGCCUCUGUCAGCCUCCAGGCUGCUCUGAUCAAGCGCCUUUCGGUCUACAGCCUCCCAAAAUGAAGACACCCAUGCGUCAUGGGGUGGCUGCCUUUCUCCUGAUCACCAUGUGCACCAGCUUACUCUUCGUGUACAACAUCAGCAGCAGCAGCAGCAGCAGAAGCAGCAAAGAGCAGAAUGAGGCCGGCAGCCGGCAGAGGCAGAAGCCCACCGGAGCCCAUAGGGGGAGCCCGAGAGCCCCGCGCACUGCUGCCCUGCAAGGCUACGGCAGCAUCAUCGAUCACCGGCCCCUGAACAUGCACUGCCGGACCUGUGCCCUGGUGACCAGCUCCGGGCAGCUGAUUGGCGGUGGCCGCGGCAGGGAGAUCGACAGUGCCGAAUGCGUCAUCCGCAUGAACGACGCCCCCACGCAGGACUACCAGCGUGACGUGGGGGCCCGCACCAGCCUGCGCGUGGUGGCGCAUUCCAGCAUGCAGCGCGUGCUACACGGCCGCAAGGAGCUGCUGAACGGCAGCCGGGACACUGUGUUCAUCUUCUGGGGCCCCAGCGCAUACAUGCGGCGUGACGGGAAGGGUCUGGUCUACAACAACCUGCGGCUGGUCAAGCAGGUGCUGCCCGAGCUGCGGGUCUACAUCAUCUCACGGCAGAAGAUGCUGCAGUUCGAUGAGCUUUUCAAGAGGGAGACCGGCAAGGACAGGAAGAUGUCUAACUCAUGGCUGAGCACCGGCUGGUUCACCGUGGCCAUCGCCCUCGAGCUCUGCGACCGCAUCAACGUCUAUGGCAUGGUGUCCCCUGACCACUGCAGGGAGCCGCUGCACCCCUCCGUGCCCUAUCACUACUACGAGCCGGCAGGCACUGACGAGUGCACCAUGUACGUUUCGCACGAGGGUGGUCGCCGCGGCAGCCACCAUCGCUUCCUCACCGAGAAGCGUGUCUUCGCAAGCUGGGCCUGCAUCUUCGACAUCCACUUCUACCAGCCCGAGUGGAGCCCCGAGCCCCCCCCUGCUAGCAACUGGACCGUGCCGCGUCCCGCGUGACCCUCCCUGCCCAAAGCCGCCGCCGCCGAGGACAGCCCCCCCACACGGCAGCUGUGUGCCGGACGACCGCGCAUCUCUCCUGCUGGUCCUGGGGCGGGACCUGAUAAACAAACGUACUGCCUGGGGGUGUCCACAGCAGCUUGCUUAAUCAUUCUCACUUGUCUGCCUCUCCGCCGUGGCGCCCCCCCCAGGCCUGGAAGCAGAAGCACGCCAUUCCUAUAGUUUGCAGCUGAUUAAUGAGGCCUGUUUCUCUUCGCCCUCCUGUGUUUCUGGAGUCGAUAGUGUGGGUGCAGAUGAAUUCAGCACCUCGGCUUCCUUUUUGGAGGGGGGGGGAGUUUACCCCAGGUUGGAGGGGUGACAUCAGCAGAGUGUUUCGUUCCUGUCAGAGACAGUGUGAAUGGCCAGGUCCCGGGACUGAGCUUUGGUUCACUGGUCUUCGUCAGUCUGUGUCGGCAGGAUAAAAGGUUCUGUGACGAGUAUCCACAGGCACCAAAUCAACAUGUAAAACCCAGUCAGGUGGGUUGGACAUCCCCCCCCCUCCGCUUUCCUGUGUUUUCACCCACCAGCGCUGCAGUAAAACCAACCAAAUUUGUUUCACUUGAAUGUUACUUUGAGAAUAAACCAGCUGCAUCAGUUA